UCGGGUGCACUCGGCCUCGCCCGCGGCCCUCCAGCCCCCGGCUCUCGCGCGCUGCGCUCUCAGUCCGCUGCAGCCUCCGCCGCCCGCGCCGCGCCUCCGCUCGCUGACUUGGACGUUGCCGAAGAUGGCAGAAGCCCACCAAGCCGUGGCCUUCCAGUUCACGGUCACCCCGGACGGGAUCGACCUGCGGCUGAGCCAUGAAGCCCUCAAGCAGAUCUAUCUGUCCGGACUGCAUUCCUGGAAGAAGAAGUUCAUCAGGUUCAAGAAUGGCAUCAUCACUGGUGUGUACCCGGCGAGCCCCUCCAGUUGGCUUAUUGUGGUGGUGGGUGUGAUGUCAACCAUGUAUGCCAAGAUCGACCCCUCGCUGGGGAUAAUUGCAAAAAUCAAUCGGACCCUGGACACAACCAGCUGCAUGUCCAGCCAGACGAAGAACGUGGUCAGCGGCCUCCUCUUCGGCACGGGCCUGUGGGUGGCCCUCAUCGUCACCAUGCGCUACUCCCUCAAGGUGCUGCUGUCCUACCACGGCUGGAUGUUUGACCAGCACGGCAAGAUGAGCCGGGCCACCAAGAUCUGGAUGAGUAUGGUCAAGAUCUUUUCGGGCCGAAAACCCAUGUUGUACAGCUUCCAGACGUCGCUGCCACGCCUGCCGGUCCCAGCCGUCAAGGACACCGUGAGCAGGUAUCUGGAGUCCGUGAAGCCUCUGAUGAAGGAGUCGGACUUCAAACGGAUGACGGUUCUGGCAGAAGAAUUUGCGGUCACCCUUGGGCCCAAACUGCAGUGGUACCUGAAGUUAAAAUCCUGGUGGGCCACUAACUACGUGAGCGACUGGUGGGAGGAGUACAUCUACCUGCGAGGACGGGGGCCGCUGAUGGUGAACAGCAACUACUAUGCCAUGGACUUGCUGUACAUCCUGCCGACCCAGAUCCAGGCAGCGAGAGCGGGCAACGCCAUCCACGCCAUCCUGCUCUACAGACGACGGCUGGACCGGGAGGAGAUCAAGCCGAUUCGUCUGUUGGGAUCCACGGUUCCACUCUGCUCUGCUCAGUGGGAACGAAUGUUUAACACAUCGCGGAUCCCAGGCGAGGAGACGGACACCAUCCAGCACGUCCGGGACAGCAAGCACAUCGUGGUGUUCCACAAAGGGCGCUACUUCAAGGUCUGGCUGUACCACGACGGCAGGCUGCUAAAGCCCCGGGAGAUCGAGCAGCAGAUGCAGCGCAUUUUGGACGACCCCUCUGAGCCUCAGCCCGGGGAGGCCAAGCUGGCAGCCCUCACGGCUGGAGAAAGAGUACCCUGGGCCAAGUGUCGCCAGGCCUAUUUUGGACGUGGGAAAAACAAACAGUCCCUCGAUGCCGUGGAAAAGGCAGCGUUCUUCGUGACGCUCGACGAAAGCGAGCAGGGGUACAGGAAGGAAGACCCGGAUGCAUCCAUGGACAGCUACGCCAAGUCUCUCCUCCACGGCAAGUGCUCUGACAGGUGGUUCGAUAAGUCUUUCACGUUCAUUGUCUUCAAGAACGGGAAGGUGGGCAUGAACGCAGAGCACUCCUGGGCCGACGCGCCCAUUGUCGCGCACCUGUGGGAGUAUGUCCUGGCCACGGACUGCUUUCAGCUGGGCUACGCAGAGGAUGGGCACUGCAAGGGCGACACCAACCCGAACAUUCCAUACCCCACCCGGCUGCAGUGGGACAUCCCGGAGGAAUGUCAAGAGGUGAUAGAGACUUCCCUGAACAGCGCCAGCAUUCUGGCAAAUGACGUGGAUUUCCACUCAUUCCCAUUCCACACCUUUGGUAAAGGGCUGAUCAAGAAAUGCCAGACCAGCCCGGAUGCCUUCGUCCAGCUUGCGCUCCAGCUGGCUCAUUACAAGGACAUGGGCAAAUUCUGCCUCACGUACGAGGCCUCCAUGACCCGGCUCUUCCGAGAGGGGAGGACAGAGACCGUGCGUUCCUGUACCAUGGAGUCAUGCGACUUCGUGCUCGCCAUGGUGGACCCCACCCAGACGGUUGAGCAGAGGCUCAAAUUGUUCAAGAUCGCCUCUGAGAAGCACCAGCAUAUGUACCGCCUGGCGAUGACUGGCUCCGGGAUCGACCGCCACCUCUUCUGUCUUUACGUGGUGUCCAAAUACCUGGCCGUGGAGUCCCCUUUCCUGAAGGAGGUCUUAUCUGAGCCGUGGAGGUUAUCGACCAGCCAGACUCCGCAGCAGCAGGUGGAGCUGUUUGAUUUGGAGAGGAACCCGGAGUACGUGUCCAGCGGAGGGGGCUUCGGGCCGGUCGCUGACGAUGGUUAUGGCGUGUCCUACAUCCUCGUGGGAGAGAACCUCAUCAGUUUCCACGUAUCUUCCAAGUUCUCCAGCCCCGAGACCGACUCGCAUCGCUUUGGGAAGCACCUGAGACGGGCGAUGAUGGACAUCAUCGGUUUGUUUGGGUUCGGCGCCAACUCCAAAAAGUAACUCCAUUAGAGCCGCGGAGAAGCAGAAGGAGCUCAUCCGCCAAAACCAAAUGAAGAGUAGCUGUCCGAUCCCGAGUGUAGGUCCGGAUGCAGAAUUGCCCCC